GAUGGCGGAGCGGAGCUGUGGAGGCUGUAUUGGCUGAGCUGCUGUAGGUUUAAAUGCAACAGAAGGGCACGCAGUCACCGUGGAAGCGGCCGACGUGAAGGGACAUCUUUCCCUUGUAGGAGCAGGGCGAGGUUAUCCUUUUACUGGAUUUUCUGUUUGUGUUUUUCUCUAAUCGAGAGGAGAGUGCCGAGCGAGGAGCAACGAAAACAAGUCGGACAUGAACGGGGACACUGUAUGCAACAGCCAUUCAUUCGCCCUCUUAAGCUGCACCAACUCCAUAUCAUCAGUUCAAGAUGAAAAGCCCACCAUCAGGUUAACACAGGAGGGAAAGUGCUCUCCAGUUUUGUCCUUGCAGAAUGAUGCCCAGAAGCCAGGAGAAGAAAAGACAAUGAAUACCAUCAGCACUCCAACGAAAGACCCAAAGGCAGAUUUCACAGAGAUGGAGAACAGCUACAGCCAGUGUUCACCCUGCUGGUCUGAUGAACAGCCAUCACCUCUGCAGCUCCACUGCACUGAAGCCUACCUUUGUUCUCAUCCUGAACUCUCCCUUCCCCUCAGCAAUGGCUUAACUCAUACUCCCCUACAUGCCAAUAAUGGCGGCGCUCUCCAUGGCCACCAGAGGAGGGGAGCCCGGGUCAAGGUCAUAGGAAAGAAAUCCACUCGAAGAAUGGCAGGAGGGGAAAAUUCCCAAAACCGGAAAGUUACUGACUUCUAUCCAGUAAGACGAAGUUCAAGAAAAAGUAAAACGGAGCUCAAGUGCGAAGAAAAGAAGCUCAUAGACGAUCUCAUUACAAGUGGAAUAGAGGAAGGAAUGGAGGUGCAAUACAUAGAAGGAAAGGGGAGAGCGGUGUUUGCCACUCGGUGUUUCCAGAAAGGCGAUUAUGUGGUGGAAUACCAUGGAGACCUGCUACAGAUCACCGAUGCUAAAAAGAGAGAAGCCGAAUAUGCUCAAAAUCCAGCAACCGGCUGCUACAUGUACUACUUCCAGUACCUCUGCAAAACAUACUGUGUGGAUGCUACAAAAGAGACUGGUCGAAUGGGUAGGUUGAUAAAUCACAGUAAAAAUGGGAACUGCCAAACCAAACUCCACGACAUCAACGGUGUCCCUCACCUCAUUCUCAUUGCCUCUCGAAAUAUUGACAAAGGCGAGGAGCUGCUUUAUGACUAUGGAGACCGCAGCAAAGCUUCCAUCGCUGCUCACCCCUGGCUCAAAUAUUGAUUAAGAGGUCCAGAGAAAAAGUAAAGGGAAACGUACAGUAAGACUUGUUUUUUCAUUAGCUAGUGUACAAAAGGCCUUAGAAACAGAAUGUGUACUUUUUGUUUUGUUUCAAUAAUGAGGAAGCUGGGGUGUGUGAGGGUUUAGUAGACAUUAAUGGGUCCAGGUCAUGGGGGUUGAUUGGGUUCAUAUCACAUUUCGAUUAAGGUCCAUCUGCCUUGUCAGAUGAUAUCUGUACUUUUUAUUUAUGCGUGUUUCAGAAACAGUCUUUUGUUUUGCAGCACAUUUGUUUUGUACAUUUUGUAUUACCUAUAGAGUAGUGCUUCUACAGCAUGCAGGUAAUAGUUGAUGCUCUGCAUUUUUAUACAGCUUUUUUUAAUUAGUACGUAGAUACUUGGCAAUACUUGUAUUUGCUCCCCUUUUUGAAUCAGCAGAAACUAUGAGAUGCAAAUUACAAACUCUUUUUAGAUAUGUAUUCUAUUCAAGGGGUGUCUAUUUUCAGCAAUCGGACCUCACACUCAUUGUUCAGUGGGGUAGAAAAGUUUAUCACGUUCACGGUUUAUUUGGCGUUUCAGGGUUUUGGUUACCAAAAAAGAUCACAUGUUUUGACACUGGAUGAAAUACUUUGUGUUGAUCAUGGAAAAGAUUACAUUAGAAUAUGGAAAUUAGUCUUAUGAAUGUUUAUUUUUUAGCAUAGAUUGUAUUUUAUAAUAUUAAACAUGCCAUAUACAAAGAGUUAGUGUGUGGUAAAUUUUAAAAAUGAAAACGAAAAGUAUCUGGGGAAAACCUACAGAAUAUUCUGUGUGACUCGAAGAGAUGAUUCGCUCAUGCAAGUAAUAGUUUCGGUGUCUCUCUCUAACCUCAAUUGGCACACACGAUUAUCUCAUCUGUUGGAUUUAGUUUCACUUAAUUAUAACUUCUCCCACUGAUGACGACACUGUCUCUGGUGCUGCACUUUGUAAAUAUAUUUAUUUGCUUGCUGUUACAAAUCCAAAUGUUGUUUCAAAAGAAAUACUGUGACAUUUUGGGAAUUAUGUUGUAUUUUUUUAGUUUUUGCUGAGACUUAAAGGGAAGAUUGAUCAAACUCUCCUGUGUCUAUGCAAAAUGUCAAUCUGAUCACUUUUUUUGAGAGCUGACACCUGAGCUUAAAUCCAAUGCAUUAUACUUGCAGUUGCAUUAAUUUAAGAUGGGAGAGAAAAUGUUGAUGGUUAGGCCAAAAUGCAAAUUCUCAGUUUUAUUCAUAAAGGUUUUAUCAGACAGAUUACACCCGUUGCCUUAAAAUUAAACUCCUAGCUGAAAUAUCAUUUUGAAUUUUUGGACUAUCAAAUCUGUCAUUACUGUCAAUUAUAGUGAAGUUGUGUCGUGGUUUGAGGAGCCCAGGGGGCCAGGGGAGGUCAAAUCUGCUUAUUACUGUAAUAUAACACCACUGUUAGCAUUAUUAGAGUAUUUGCUUCUGAAUGAUCGCUUAAACACACAUCUGGGUGGAGAAUACUGUAAAUUUGCUGUACUGGUGAAACUAAAGUGGAAAACCAGCCAGAAGGGCGUGUGCUCUUGUAAUUAACAAGGUGCAGUACAGGUACCAAUGAAAGAGUUUGUUUAUGUGCCAAAUCUUCACGAUUUUUGGUAAAUAUAAACUGUGAUUCAGUUCCAGUAUCUGUAGAUUCCUGUUUCAACAUACAGACAUCAUAGUCUUAUUGAACCCACAGCAAAAUGGGAAAAUGAAUGUAUUUACCAAAUUCAAAAAAAGCAGUUUUUGACUGUGAACUCCAUUAGUUUCUAUUUACAUACGCAUAUAAAACAGUCUCACAACAACUGUAUGGCUUUUCUUCUUACAGAUGUUCCAAAUUUAUUAGCUCAAUUGUCAACAGAUGCCAACAGAUUUGCUGUUGUUGCAUAUAUAUACAUAAUUAACAGUACUUAUACAAAUCAGUGGACAACAGAAAGCCAACUCGAUAACAGCUGACCCCUUCCCAACAGUGUAGUGUGUUAUAAAUGGGUAAAGCUCAACAAGUUAAACAACAAAAACACAAUCAGACUUGGUUACACACAGUGUUAAUUGGCAGCUUAAUCCACAUUUGGUGUUCUACUGAGGGCAGCACAGGAUUAAAUCAUGCAUUUGUGUUAGUGGUAAUGAACAAACAUGUCACCCAGUCCCACAGUCUGAUGCACUUAUGUUCUUUAGCAGUUUAUCAGUAACAACAGAACUCUGUGGUACAAAUACAAGUAGUUAAUUAACAGCAUACGGUAGUUCUUUGUUUGUUGUGGGUUAUUCUGCAAGUAUGUGAAAAUGAUGAUGGAGUUCAGUUCCAGUUGGAUGAGUUUAAACGUACUCAAGCUGCCACUGAUGCUUUUCAUCGCACUGAUGCAGCAGUUUUAAAAUGGUAUAAACGUGAUCUGCUUACCCAUCGUUUCCAGUAGUAGUUCAGACUUUUACUUUAUUUGGUUUUCAUUUAUUUUUAUUUUGUGUAGUUUUAAUUAUGGUUUUAGUCAGGGGGUCCAUUGGGGCCUGUGUUUAAAGACACAGUGUUACCAGAUCUCAGAAAAAAAGUGUGAUAAAGUAGGACAGGAUAAUGCAGGGAGGCAGUCCAAGAUAUCUGAAAGCAACUUUUCUGGCUCUCUUGCUCAGUAAAUACAAGAAGAAUAAAAGGAAACAGAAGCUGCCCUUCUUACUAGCGCUAGUUUCUGAGUUUCAGUUUGGAUGUAUUCAUAGAUUGGCCUUUUUGAGAUUGAUCUGACAAUUUAAGGCAAAUUUAAGACAAUUGUGAUACACAAAUGCAUACUGUGCCACCUCACACCAUAUUUUCUCCUGUGUGAAACUGAAAAAUAAGUUUAAAAAAAGACAUGUCAAUUACUCAAAAUAUACUGCUGCAAAGCUUGUUAUUUUUUUGGUAACUUGAACUGAUGGGCUAAGCUUCAAUUGACUAUAAUAAACGUGUGCUUGAUCAAAGCCAUACUUUAGAAAAGUGUGAACCAGUCAAAAUGUGGGGCAUUGUCUCAAGAUGUGGGACAGGAGGACAAGGGGGAAAAAAAAUUGCAGUGCAGUCCCACAUGCAGAGGGCAUCUGGUCACCCUAGCUCUUACUUAUUGUCUAGUUGAGAGUUCAAGAAGACUAGCCUAGUUUCAUGCAAAGACUGAAAAUGGGGGAAACGAUGUAUGACCUGUGGCUGCUUCCAAAGGUCAAGCCCACAGACUGGCAUGUUAUAUAUUGUGUUGACUCAACCUUGCAAACAUUUGUACGUAAAUAACAUGUGCUCUAAUUCAGCUUUUUCAACCGUAACAAGUUAAUCAUGAAUUAAAUAAACUCAAAUACUGAAAUCUGUUAUUUCAUUUAGAUUAAAUCUCUUUUAAUUCAAUUCGGUGAGUGGCUAUGCUGCUAAGCUUAGCUAGCUCAUUUUUUAAAAGACUUUAAAAAAAUUAUUUAUUACUUUUCUUCACCAAUUUUACGAAGCCUAAUGAACUCAAACUAUUUAAAUACAUUAAAGUAUGUGAUAUAUGAGUAGCUUGUACUCAUGAAACCAUGGAAUCCAUUAUAGAGACAGGUACCACAGCUAAGCUUGACUAGUUAACUUUAGCCUCCUAGCUUUUAGAAGGAUGAAUUCAUUCCCCUUGUAAGUUGUCCUGUGUCCUGCACACAUUACUGAAGCUUAAAACUUGCACAAAACAAACUAAAAGCUCUUCUAGAAUCAAGUCUGCUAUCUUGUUUUGUUUUUGGUUUUUUGGGGUGUUUGGCAUGGUGCCAUAUUUCUCUUAUAAAAUCUCUACUUAGCUGUAACUAGCUAACUAACUAGGUACAUGUUGUGGUUUUUUUCUGUUUCAUAGUUAUUGUGAUUUUUUUUUUUUUUUUUUUUUUUUUUUUUUUUUUAGUUUGCUCAUUUUCCCAAAAAUUACACUCGAAAAUAUCUUUGUGGUAUAUUUUUUUCAAUUUAUUUUUAUUUUUAUAGCCAGGCUACUGUUUCCCUUGUUUCCAGUCUUUCUGCUAUGCUAAACUAAGCAGUUCCUGACAAAUUCAUGUUAACUGUACAGAUAUGAGUUGUAUUGAUUUUCUCAGCAAAAAUCCAAAUGAAACACAAUUUCCUAAAAUGUUGAACUAUUUCUUUAAGCCUUUUAUUUUAUUUUUUUAACUUCUUACUUGAUUGUAGCAGCUUUGUUUAAAAAUGACCCAACUAAACAGUAUAUUGUACCUUUUGCACCAAUUUCUCUACAUUCUUAUUGUCUGUACAGCUGUCGAGGUUAUGGAGAUUUCCAAAAGACAACAACAAAUCCAGCUCUCUAAGUUAUUCUUAAAAUAUUCAGUAUAUUUAAUGUUUGGAUUUCUGUUCUUGUUAAUAUUAUUUAAAUGCAAAAGUAAAAAAAAAAACAGUGUUAAUAAUAAAUAGCCCAGUCACGUGUAUCCGAGGAAGUACAUCUUAAGUGAUGCACUGUGUUUAAUACAUAAGGAUACACCUUCCUCUACUCCCUCUAUCAGUAGCAUUGUGUAUGAAAUGUUUUCAUAUGAGCCUUUCUUGACAGAGAUAUUCCACUCUGGAUUAUUCCAUUGUCUAUGUGGAACUAAUGCAAUAAUAGUUGAGGGGCAAAACAAACCUGUUGGCUGUUUUUUAGGGCAUGAUAGAUCUUUGCUGUUGUAGCGCUGAUUAAAUCUUAAUGCUGGGGUUUUAGGCAUUGUUUAAUAAAGAUGUAAUAUGCAAAUUAAACGUCUUGGGCAUCUGAUUUGUUCUUCCAUUAAAAGAAAGAAGUACUUUAAUGCUUAAAACUGUUUUGAAUAAAUGGGAAUUAAAAAAAAAAAAAAAAAAAAAGAUGGGAAGAACUCUUUUCUACCAUGAGGGUUGAUGUUGUAUAGUUUGUUCACCAGAGGGCACUCUGCAUCACGCCAUCUGUCCAUUUUAUUCCACCUAUCCAGUUUAGGGUUGGGUGGGGGGCUGGACCCUAUCACAGGGCGAGAGUUAUAGUACACCCUGGACAGGUUGCCAAGGGCUAUUACAACCAAUCACUCCUAUUGUCAAUUUAGAAUCACCAAUUCCACAGAGCAAAACCCCAGGCUUGAAUCAAAACAAGGACUUUCUCACUGUGAGGCGACGGUAUUAACCACUGUACCACCAUGCUAUCCUCAUCUAAUUGAGAUAAAUCAUAUUUCUUCUUGUCACAACUUUCCACACUAACCCAGCAUCUUAAAUAAAUAAAAUCAUCCUUUUUUUUUGGUGAAUUGGACUACUACUACUGUGCUUUCUGUUAUAAUGUUUCAUAUUUAGUCUUCUUCAUAUUUCAUAUCUUCUCUGAUUUCUAAAUUGUUACAUAAGGGCAAAAGGUGAUAUAUUCUAUAUAAUGGAAUUUCAACCAAAUACACUGCUUUGUGCCUUAUGUUUAAAUUGAGACAGCGGAAAAUUAAUGUAGUUAAAUUUUUUCCCCAUGCCAGUUAUUUUAUCACACUGGAUGUUCUUUGUUUACAAAUGUAUGUUCCCUUGCCCGUUUCCUUUUACAAUUAUGAACGAAUCAAACACUUGAACGUGACUGCGAUCUGUUGUUAUGCAAGUUAGGAAAAACAACAACAACAAAAAAAAAACUUGCAAAAAUGUCAAAUAUUACAGAUUUUUAUUACUGAUGUGAUGUGUUGAAUUUCAUAAAGCACUGAUCCAUUCAAUAUAUCUCUUAAAUCUCCACUUUAAUGGGCUUCAUAGGAGACUCAACAAAGGAAAAAAAUGAAGAUUGGAGUGAGCACUCGGGUAGGAGUUCAUUUCCCUUAAAAUAUUUCACUGUUUAAUUCCUUCAUGAAUAAAUUGAGCAGAUCCCUUUGACUUCCAAAUAACAUGUAAAAUAUAGUUUCUCUUUAACAUAUCUGUGAUUUCAUAAAAGGGGGAAAGCUGCUUUGACACACGUCUUUAGCCUCAUUUCUCAAUCUUUUCAUUUGCCAUUCAUUUAUUCCACCUUCCUGGGUGAGUAUAAAUGAAGAUAAAGUGCCACUACUGUUAACGUUUCCAUGAAGGCAUCAGCUGUUAAAGCACAAGCACCAUCCGCAAAAUAGCCUUUUUAAAAAAUAAAUGUAAACACACUCUUCAGCUUAAUUACCAUUAUUUUAAACCAUGCACAAUUUGAGAAAUAAUUAAUCCUUCAUGACUUACACUGUUUCUAAACAGAGCCUUGAUUCAUGUUUAAAUUUGAGGCCUUGUAUAAAUGAUGCAUAUAAACACAAACGCACUGACUUCUAUUUUGCACAUGUGUGAUGAUAUUUGGGGUUAUUAUUGUUGCUUAUGCUGAAUAUGAAUAUUUUAUCUAGGGAAAAAGUGCAAAUGUAAUGUAAGAUUUAGGCUCUUAUUGAUGGCACAAUAUAUGUAUUAAUUAAAAUACAUUUUCAUUUAUUUUGCUUUUAUUUGAAUUGAAAGCUUGUGAUGCUGUAUGUUUUUGUUAUAAGUGAUUCUAUACAAUAUUACACUGUCUCUUAGGGUCUAUGUUUGAUUAUAGAAAUUAAACAGAAUCAUAUAGAUGUAAUUUAUUAUUGCCUACUAUGGUUUGGCUGGUGUUACAAAACUGCAGGUUUGCAUGAGCACAAUGUGGAGCGUCACGUUUGUCACUGAAAGUGUGAAAUCAGACUUUAUGACAAAUUUAAGUUUGUAUGUAAGGCUUUGUUUAGAUAGUGUAAAAUAUUAGGGGAAUUCCCAUGGCACAUCUAUUCUCUCUUUCACAAAACAGAAAUCUGUGUUAAUUGUUAGAGAAAAGGGAUACAUAAAAAGAAAAAAGAAGCAUCACAAACAUAAAUAUAUUCAAAUUUCUCGAACAAAAUAAAGAGAUACUAAGUCAAAACUACAGUGAGUGAAGAGCUUACUAUGUCGAAAUUAUGAGACAAUACAUCAUUAUUAAGUUAAUAAAUUAGAAUUAGAUUGACUAAAAGAAAAUUCAUUUACGGUUUUCAGAUCGUAAAAACAAGAAAUUAUUAAGUCAGGUGUUAAAUUUAUACUAAAACAUGAUGAGUGAGUAAAAAAUGUAAAAUAAUUCAUCAGUAGUAGUUGACUUAAAUAAACUGGAAAAGUUUUAUAAUGAACUAAUUCACCAUGCCAAAGCUUUUAUAUUACCAUGAAAUUAUGGAAUAUUGCAAACACUGACUUAAAAAGUACAAAUAUGUGAAUUAAUGACUCACUAAUUCAACAUUAAAGCCGCGAUGAUGCUUAUUUUGGCUACAUACAACAUGUAGCCAACAUUAUAGGAGACGUCAUGAAAUGCUAAAAUGCUUAAACCAUCCUGUAAUAGGAUAGUAAAAACUAUGAUGAAUGGGUAAAAAUGCAAAGACAAAUUGGGAUUAUGAUACCCAAAAUCUAACUUUCACUUUACACGAGUACUUUAAAUUCUCAUACCCAAGUGUUUAUGUAUUCAUUCUUUUGAAAUACAAACAAAUAUGAGAACAAAUUAUCUUCACACCUUCACACAGCUUUAAAUUGUGACUGCAUGCAACAUUUAAACAGAGGCCUCAAUUAGAUUUCAUAGAGCUGCAUAGACUCAACUUGCAAAACGCUGGUGAUGGACUGAUUAGCUGCCCACUUGACAGAAAUU